CUCUAAAUGCAUUUGCCACAGGAGCUGAUACAAGUAGCUGGAACCUCUUUUCUUACUCUAUAAUCUAAUGCACUUAGCGAGCCAAUGAAUAUGUGUGAAAGGAGGGGCUUUCUGGCUAAGGGACUCCUUGCAGGGGAACAGCUGUUACAACAGCAAAACCUUAAGGGGAGCCAGGCAAGCACACUCACGCACAUCUCUCGGUGGCUUUGUGCAUCUAGGUCUGGCAAGACAACACCCCCUGCCACUUCCUCUCACUGCAAAAAGUGAGCAAACUAGCUCAGAGAAAGUUAAAGAAGACUGGCUCUCAGUUGUGACACAUUUCAGCAGAUCCAGUGAUGGCCUGGAUCAGUAAUAGCUCCUGGUUUCAUCACCUCGCCCUACAGGAAGAACAUUUCAGGAGGUACUUAAACAGCACCGAGGAUUACUUGGCCUUCUUGUGUGGGCCCAGGCGGAGCCAUCUGUUCUUGCCCAUGGCUUUGGUGUACACCCUGAUCUUCGUUGUCGGGGUGGUAGGUAACUUCUUAGUUUGCCUGGUAAUCCUCAAGCACCGGAACAUGAAGACCCCCACCAAUUACUAUCUCUUCAGCCUCGCCAUCUCAGACCUGCUCGUGCUGCUUUUUGGGAUGCCACUGGAAGUCUACGAGAUGUGGAGCAACUACCCCUUCUUGUUUGGGCCCAUCGGCUGCUAUCUGAAGACGGCACUCUUUGAGACAGUCUGUUUUGCUUCCAUCCUCAGCGUGACCACAGUCAGCGUGGAGAGAUACUUUGCUAUCCUCCAUCCUUUCCGUGCCAAGCUGGAGAGCACUCGCAAGCGUGCCCUGAGGACCAUCGUGGUGCUCUGGGUCCUCUCGGUCCUCUUCGCCCUCCCCAACACGGGCACCCAUGGCAUCAUGCUGCAGUAUUUCCCCAAUGGCACACUGGUCCCUGGCUCUGCUACCUGCACUGUGGUCAUGCCCAUGUGGAUCUACAACUGUAUUGUCCAGAUUACUUCUUUUCUCUUCUAUGUGCUGCCUAUGGGGGUAAUAAGUGUGCUGUACUAUCUGAUGGGGCUGAGAUUGAAAGGAGACAAAUCUUUGGAAGUGGAGGAAACGGCUGUGAAUGUUCAGAGACCAUCCAGGAAAUCAGUCACCAAGAUGUUGUUUGUCCUCGUGAUGGUUUUUGCUAUCUGCUGGGCUCCAUUCCAUAUAGAUCGACUUUUCUUCAGCUUUGUUGUGGAAUGGACUGAGCCUCUGGCUAAUAUAUUCAACUUAAUUCAUGUGGUGUCAGGUGUCUUCUUCUAUCUGAGCUCUGCUGCAAACCCCAUCAUUUACAAUCUCUUGUCCCAGCGCUUCAGGAUGGCUUUCCUCAGUGUGAUUUCUCCUUGCUGCAAGCACUGGGCCCCAAAACAUCCCACUAGCAAGAUUUCUGCCCAGCAGAGCGUCUUCGUGGUUGAGGACCACAAUCUCAUGGACUCUGCUGAAGACACAAGUCUCCCUGCCACACACAGGACAUCUGUCAGCAGCUCUCAGCUCUGCACUGGGCUGUGACUUUCCAUGUUGUGAUCCAGGUGAGGCAGAAGUUAAUGAAAAUUACUUUAAGAAACAAAAAGAGAAGAGACCCUCCUGAAAGGCUGAUUCUAGCAAGGAAAGUUUACAGAGGGGUCUUGAAUGAAUGAACCAGGAGACUGUAAUUAGCAGGUGAUUGAGAAGCAUUGUAUUACCCUCAGGCUAAUAGGAGGACUGGAAAUCUCAGUUUACUGAGUAUAAACUAUGCCAGCAAAGAGCUGCUUUAAAAAAAUUAGGCACAUUCACAAUGUUACCAGCAAAGGAGGGAGACAAAGCUUGUCUUAGUUAAACAUCAGAUUUCACUUAGUUUCAAAUAGGGCAGCUUGCCGUCCAAGCCUUGUCUACCCACUUCCAGCUUUAGGUAAGCCAGUCCCACUUCUCUCUCCUACAACCUUCUCCAGAUGCGGCUGUUGCAAACCCCUCUUGCCAAAGUGAGCGAGUAGGCACGAACAAGCACUGCUCUGAGCUGGAAUGAUAAACAUCAGGCACCAGCAACAGCUAUUUCUAGGUCAGAAGAACCAGGGAGCCAAUAAUUAUAAAAUAAAUGUAAAGCAAACUUUUGCUUUCUGAGCUAGGUAAAGAUUCAGAUGGAGGUUGGUGAUUAAUGCCUUGAACCACUUCGUCAAAAAAUCUACCCUUUAGUGGGUUGUUUUUAACAAGUCUCAAAGUCACUGCCAUAGCUCCUCAUACUGUGUCUGCCAAUAUCUACACAGUGCUGAAAUGGCACACGCACGCCACAGAUCCUGGGGGCUGAGGGUGUUCCUGGUGGGACUCAAAAUGCAGCUGGUGAGGGGUAUCUGCCCAGGGAAUGUGGAAAGUCUGCAGCCUUUGUGGGCUUAUCCUGUGCAUCAGAGAAUUUUAUUUCUGCCCAUCUGCCUGAACGGAGUCUGACUGUACAUAUGGACUGUGGUGGGUCCCUGCUGUGCCCCACGUCCUGCAGUUUGCAAGAACUUAUCAUUGCUUGAACUUCAGAUACUUACACAUUGUCUCAGCCAGUG